CCAUCGUUUACUAGAGGAUACGCGGGGAAAAUAUUUGGCCCGAGGUGAGGAACUCAGGCAUCAAGUUUUUGAAAUUGGAGAAUCAACAAUAAUUCCUCUCUUUGACACUCCCCAUCUCUUAAAAGGAAUAAGAAAUAAUUUGAUAUCAAAAAAUAUUUUAUUCCAGAAAGACGGUGAAAAAAAAGUGGCGAAGUGGAACGAUAUCCUGAAGGCUUGGAUAUUGGACUCUCCAAGUGGCGAUCUUAGAGUAAUGCACAAGUUGACGGAGCAUCAUGACAAUCCAAAAAUUUAAAAAAAAAUGAAAGUUUCUGUUUGUGCCCAAAUUUUUAGUCGUUCAGUUGCGGCAGGAAUCAAUUUAAUGGCCAAAAGUGAAUUCACUAUUGGUGAAACGAAAAUGGAGAGGCGCGCUACAGAAACGGCAGUUUUUCUAAAAUUUAUGGAUGAUGUGUUCGAUAGCGUCAAUGGUUGCGGACCUUUCAACGAAGGAGGAAAAAAACUCAAAACUCAGAUAGAUUUUAAGGAACGGGAUAGCUUACAAGUAAAGUUUUGGAGAGAGGCUAUCCCCAUUUUCAAAAGUAUGGAAUGCCUCGACUCGAGUGGAAGACGAAUGGCACGCCCACCGACUUUCAAAAAUUGGGUGUUUACGUUGGAAAAUUUAAUUAUACUGACGAACAAAUUAAAGGAUCUUGGAAUUGAGACGUUGGUUCCCAGGUUUUUGAACCAAGAUCCCUUAGAGAAUUUUUCGGGAAAGUUCGUCAACGAGGAAGUCGGUGGUCGAAUCCAUCGUGCCAUGCUUUUGGACCGUUUUACAAAUCUCUUCUGGUCACUAACUUUGUUAGUAAACAUUCUGUGGGAGGGAAUUGUGAAGAUGAUGUGUCGGAUUUGCUGAUUUCAUUGCAAACAUUUAUCCUACAGGUAAAUAAUAAGUUUUGAUUAUUAACAAUUAUUGAUAACUUUUGUUAAAUUUAUUUAAGAACUUGAUUAUGUUUCUACGUUUC